AUCCGGGUUGUCUGGCCUUGCAGUAUAUAGUCAACAGCUAAUCGUAGUCUGAGAGAAGACAGACUCGCCCGCAUUCCGUCUGCAUGUUACUCUGUACUCGGAGAUUAUACGUUACGCACACUGGGACUCUCUAGCUGUCUGCAAGAGGGUCUGUACUCGGAGAUUACACGUUACAGACAUAGGGACUCUCUACCCGUGUACAAGAGGGUCUGUACUCGGAGAUCUGUAUAUACCAUCAAGUGAUAAGUGAGGACACUAGCUACAAUGAGAGUGUUGUUGUCCUGUCACCUGGCAUCUGUGCUGUCUCUGGCUGCAGCGUCGUUAUGGCAACCAAGUCUGGAGGUCUGGACAAAUGGGUGUGGUGGUCGCUCCACUGUGACUGACCCCUCAAGCUCUGUGUCCCCACCCCCCAAGCCAGAGGACAGAGCGGUGAAUGACAGUCUCGUGCUGAUUCUCCUCAUGUCGCGGACCGCGGCAAGGAUUUGUGAUGAGCUCAAUAACACAAUUAUUUCAGAACUCAACAAGACGGACAUACAAGUCAACCUACCAGGAGAAUCUCAGCUUGAGACUCUUCUUACAGGAAGAACGCCUGGCCAAACUAAACAGAUACAAGACGUGUUGGGAAAAGCAGUCACUAGGAUGUCUAGGAUUGGACUUUUCCUCGAACUUGCUCGGAACGACACCAUGGACUAUUCGGGCAAAAUAACCGAACUGGAGAGGAAGGUGAUGGAGAUCGUGUGUCAGAUAUAUCAGCUGAUGAAGGAUAUCAACGCGGAAGUGACGUCACAUGUGACACGUGACCUUGUCACCUCCGAAUACCGAGAUGGUCUAGACAUAUCAGGCCGACACAGACGAAACCUUCUGAUUACAAAAGGUGCGAAAGCGAUGCUUUGUAAAUUUGCAGAAAGACUUCAGAAUCUCACACAGAUGCGCCAGUUACCUCCCCUGCAUAACUGAAUAUAUCAUGUGCCAUUUACUUAUUUGUUGAUUUGUUGAAAUAUAUAUUUAUAAUUGAGAUCUAUUUUUAUAUUUAUUGUCAGAUGUUUUGUGAUUAAACUAUCCAGUCGUG